UGAGAUACGGCCGAAAUGUCAGGUCGUUCGGCUAGUCUGAGUAUUAAAGAUGAAACGAUCCACCGGCUCACCAUGGAUCUAACCGUCACGUUAUUGUUCGCCACUUGCAUCUCCUUCACUUUCUCUGCUAACUGCGGAUACGAGAGCUGUCCAGAGACAAGUGAUAAGUACAUAAACAUACAUUUAGUUCCACACACUCAUAAUGAUGUUGGAUGGCUCAAGACACCCGAUCAGUACUACUAUGGAGUGAACAAUUCUAUUCAAGAUGCUGGUGUGCAGUAUAUUUUAGAUUCUGUUGUUCAAGAGCUUCUUCAAGACAGCAGUAAAAAGUUUAUUUAUGUUGAGACAUACUUUUUCUGGAAAUGGUGGCAAGAACAGACAGAUGCGAUGAAACAACAAGUCAAGGAAUUGGUUGACAACGGACAAUUGGAAUUCAUUGGUGGUGGUUGGUCUAUGAACGAUGAAGCUACAACCCAUUAUCAGUCAAUAAUUGAUCAAAUGACGUGGGGAUUCAGACGCCUUAAUGAUACUUUUGGCAAAUGUGGCCGACCUAAAGUAGGAUGGCAGAUCGAUCCUUUCGGCCAUUCAAGGCAGAAUGCUGAAAUUAUGGCAAAGAUGGGCUUUGACGGUCUCUUUUUUGGAAGAAUCGACUGGGAAGAUAAACUUUCACGGAUGAUGCAAAAGUCAAUGGAAAUGCUGUGGAAAACUUCAAGAAAUGAUGAUACUGAAAUGUCGACUCUUUUUACUGGAAUUCUAUACAACCUAUAUAUCUCACCAAAGGGAUUUUGCUUUGAUAUUAAAUGUGACGAUGAACCAAUAGUUGAUAAUGUCAAAUCCCCUGAGUACAAUGCAAACAGAAAGGUUGGAGAAUUUCUUUACUUAAUGAAGACAUACAGUAAAAGUUACAAUACAAGGAAUGUUCUUGUUACAAUGGGGGAAGAUUUUGUGUACAUGGAUGCGCAUAUGUAUUAUAAAAACAUGGACAAAUUGAUUAGGAUCAUCAAUAGCAUCGAAGGGCCCAACUCUCCGUUUCGGGCAUUUUACUCGACUCCGUCUUGUUAUCUGAAGAGCGUAAAUGACGCCGGUGUAAACCUUCCGCCAAAACUGGACGAUUUCUUUCCAUACUCCAGUGAUUCAAAUUCAUUUUGGACCGGGUAUUUUACGUCAAGACCAGCCCUUAAAGGCUUUGAGCGUUUAGGAAAUAAUUUUUUGCAGGUGUGUAAACAACUUUAUUCACUUUCUGAAUUAGGAUAUGAAUUCAGAAGUAAUUUGAUAUCAUUGAGGGAAGCGAUGGGCGUGAUGCAGCAUCAUGAUGCAAUAACCGGCACAGAAAAGCAGCACGUUACUUCUGAAUAUGCGAGAAUUCUGACAAAUGGUAUCAAAGACUGUGAAGUAGUGACAAAACAUGCACUUGGAAAACUGAUGAAAAAUGGAGGCGUAGUCGAUUUACAAUCCUGCCUUCAAUUGAAUGUCAGUUCAUGUCAUGUUUCUGAAAACAGCGACUCAUUCGUCGUUACACUUUACAACCCAUUGUCUCGUUUUGUCGACCGUUUGGUUAGACUUCCAACAAAAGAUGUGAAGCAAAGUUAUUCAGUAAAAUGUCCAAUGGGAAAAGAACAACUGACACAAAUUGUCCCAAUUCCUCCAUCUGUAAUUCAAAUCCCUGGGCGGAAUGGCUUUGCUUUGGCUGAGCUUGUCUUCCUUGCCAAAGGCAUCCCGCCAUUAGGAUAUAAGUCAUACUAUAUAUCAAAAACAAGUGAAAACAUCUCAUUUUCUUCUGAGAUGUUACCCAAGACUAGAUUUCCAAUAGAACUCGGCUUUGAUGAUGGUUUAAAACUGAAAAUGACUUCAAGAGGGCAUCUCAAAGGUGUCAAAGAUAUGACAAACAAAAAGGAAACUACAUUAUCACAGAGUUUCGCUUAUUAUGUAGGAGCUGUAGGAAAUAAUGAAAUCAAUUACAAUAGAUCUUCAGGAGCUUAUAUUUUCAGACCAAACAGUUCUCAUAUUUUGAUUAAUUCCCAACCAAAGGUUACCAUCUUCUCAGGACCUCUUCUUGCUGAAGUACAACAAGUUUUCUCGAAUUGGCUCAGUCAGAUAAUAAGGAUAUAUAAUGGAGGACGAUAUGUUGAAUGUCAAUGGGCUGUCGGACCAAUACCAAUUGAUGAUCAAAAUGGCAAAGAAGUUGUCAGUUCAUACCACACAACGACUGUUCACAAUAAUGGUCAGUUUUACACUGACUCAAAUGGUAGAGAAUCUCUAUUGCGAGUCUUAAACCAAAGACAGACUUGGCGUCCGAUAAUUUUGGAACCAGUUGCUGGAAACUAUUAUCCAGUGACUACCAGGAUUUCUAUUGAAGACGAUAAUAACUAUUUUAGUGUAAUAACAGACAGGGCAGAAGGAGGGUCAAGCUUGAGUGAUGGAACUGUCGAACUUAUGAUUCAUAGAAGACUGCUUCAUGAUGAUGCCUUUGGAGUGGGUGAAGCCCUUAAUGAAACCGCCUUUGGAGAGGGUCUUGUCGUCAGAGGAAGCCAUUAUUUAUCACUUGGCAACAACGGACAAGCAAGAUUAUUGGUGCAGGAAAAAGUUUUAAACAGUUGGAUGUUUUUUACGCCAACAGAUAUGAACUUCGAAGACUGGCAAUCUUCAUAUAACAUGGAGUACUCAGGGCUUAAUUCAGCUUUACCGGACAACGUGCAGAUUCUAACUUUAGAGCCUUGGUCUGAAACUUCAUUCUUAUUAAGGCUUGAGCACAUCAUGGAAAAAGAUGAUGAUCCUGAACUCAGCCAACCCGCCAGCGUGGAUCUUAAUGAUUUAUUUACACACUUUGCAAUCACAAGUGUCGAAGAGAUGAUGCUUGGAGGAAACAUGAAACGUGAGGAGUCACAAAGGCUUCACUGGAACUCAAAACUGAAUUAUAAGAAAAGGCAUGUAGUUAAAAGCAACAUCAUUGAUUUGAAUCCAAUGGAAAUACGGACUUUCAUUAUAGAAAUGAAACCAAGUACAAGAUUCCGCCAAAUGUGAAAACUGUCAGUUCCUUACACUUUCUUUUUAAAAAAAUUGUAAUAAACUUUUGUAUAAAUAAAACCAUAAUUAAAUUGUU